UAGAUUAUGUUGCCUCUCUAGGUCAUUCUACCCCGACGCAUCAAGAUAUGGGCCUCUUCAUGGAUAUCAAUUUUUCUUAUUUUUUAUUUUUCGAUAAAUUAAGUUAUAAUCUCGUGAGUAGACGUUUUUUUAUAAUGUAAAAGAAAGUUGAAUAUUGCAUCUUGGAGAAUUGAAAAUAUUAAUAAUGAAAUAACACCUAAAAUAAAAAGAAAGAGAAAAACCCAGAUUGGCCAAAGAGUUCGAGAGGUUUCUAAUUUCUUCUGCUCCUCGGAAAUCUCUCUCCCAAGCUUUACUACGACGAUCAUCAGAAGUUGCCCGCUUGAAUAUUAAUAAAGGAAAUUGUUUGUCAAAUUUAUGUAAAAUGAGUUGGAGUAAGAAUUUGAAGCAAAUUGUUAAGAAUAAUGUGUCAAGCAAUUAUGUGUUAAAGGGUGUUAGCACGACUGGCAUUGUAAAGGGUACUAAAAGUUCAAUUCUUGGGUUAUUUCAAUUACAUGGGGGAGGGUUUGAUUGUGAUGGAAAACCCCAAUUGCCCAAACAUCCUGUAGCAAUGAUGGAAUCUUGUCGAUUCAAGCAUAGUGCCCGGAAGGAGCCGGAUUUGGACCGGGAUUUUCUUGCUCGGCUUUGCGUAUUAGACAAGGAAUUGGGGAAGGCAAUGGAGAGAAAGAAAAUGGCUUAUGAAAGGAUAAGUAAUAAUAGGAAAUAUCAUGGUUCAGGAACACAUGUAUUCGAGCAGCCCCCGGUUAGUCAAUCUACUACCGGAUAUUUGGCACCUACUUCUCCUGAGGAGGCUCAAGUUGCCCCUCUUCUUGCUAGAGCAACUUUAUUAAUUACCCGACAUAUAGAAUGGGCAAACCUUGUGUUUGGCUUUGAGCAGGAAAAUCGGUAUGCAAUAGUGGAUGUAUGCUACCCUCAGUCUCCUGUAGGCUUCAUCCGCGAACAGAGUAAUGUCCUUUUGAGACAGUUUCUUCGUCUGAGACGUCCCUUUGUUGCAUACAUAACUGAUGCAUUAGGCACUGAGCUAUUCAGGAUUCGUCGGCCAUUUUGGUGGAUAACGAGCUCAAUAUAUGCUGAGGUUAAUGGAAAGGAGAUUGGUGUUGUACACCAAAGAUGGCAUCUCUGGAGGAGAAUCUAUGAUCUAUAUUUGGGAAACAAGCAGUUUGCUGUGGUUGAAAACCCUGGUUUUUGGAAUUGGACAUUUACAAUGAAGGACGCUGAUGGUAAUGUGCUCGCGGAGAUUGAUCGUGAUUGGAGAGGUUUGGGUUUGGAGGUAUUCACAGAUGCCGGACAAUAUGCCAUUAGAUUUGGGAGUUCUGAUCCUGCAUCGAAAACCGGCCCUGCAGAAGCGGUUGAAGAUUUAGAAAUUGCCCGCCCACUGACCCUUUCAGAGAGAACAGUGGCGUUGGCUCUUGCUGUGUCACUGGAUAAUGACUUUUUCUCCCGACAUGGUGGUAGCUGGUUCUUGGGCGUCCCAUUUAUUGUCACUGAGUAGAAUACUGUGGCAUCUCAUGCUGGAAAUACAAGCAGAUUCAAGUAUGAAUUAGAGGAAUUUAUUUUCAUGGUCUCUGGCCUGUCACCUUCUUCGGAAACUGUGUACACAAUGACAAUACACUCAUACACCUAACUGUACUGGCAAUGUAAAUGAAAGCAAUGGGCUUUUCAUUUGUGUGGUCGAGAAAUCAAAGAAUCGGCUGGAAGAGCACAUUAUCUGCCUGUUUUGUUUAAGGUUGCUACUGAUUACUGAUACAACUGUGAGUUUUUACCUUUUACUAAUAAACUGUGUAUAAAGGCGGAUUCUGGAAUAUUUUUUAGGGAGGGUGGAACUUCCCUUAGAAUAACGAAUAUGCAUUAUGGAAUGUAUUGUCCAAAAUAGAACUAAAUUCACAAUUUAUGACAAAAUCACAAAAGGUAUUCAGUAGUUUUUGCUGGAUUAUCAUUCUUGGUUACUAA